AUGAAGAUAUUCCCACUGUCCAUUCUAUUCAUCACUCCGUUCAUGCAACAUGCAUGCGCAGUAUACUACAAGGAGAGAUCCCCUAUUGACUUGGACAUUGCCUACGAAUUACCACCGCAAAUCUGUGUAUCGAUAUCUGAAACACAUCCAAACGGACGCUACUUUUAUCUCAAAAAGAGCAUUGCAAACAGGUUCAGACUUGGCCUCAUCACUUGUGCAGAUUCGGUUAUUUUCCUCGGAAACGAAAAGGAUAUGCUAAGAUUUGUCUUCUUGCAGGAGCUGGAUGAUGGAAAGAGAUACAUGAGAAUCGUGAGCAAGUUGGCGGACUACCACGGCAACGCCAGAAGAAGGGUAGAUGAAUUUGUGAAGCUACCUACUGUUACUCGAUUCCUACGACUAUUUCGGACGCUCCUGUACAUGGACAUCCCAACCCAAGAGCCAAAUCACAUGAUACAGGUGGAGACUGAUAUUCAAUCCGGAGCUCUAAAAUUUAGCAUCCGACCGGAGAUGAAACUCGAAGUAACAAUUGGCGUCGUGAAAUUUGGUCGUUAUAUGGUAAAUUGGAGGACUCAUGGGCUGAUGGAACGAGAUGUCAUCUGGGAGGGUGGAGUAGAUAAUCCUCACAUAAAGAUGACAUCUCUGUUCAACGACGGAACAAGAGUAGAAACGACAUAUGGCUUUGAUGGUAGAGGAUUCAUAAUGGGAAGCAGAAGUCAGAUCUCUAUCUUUCUAGAUCCUUGCGACGAAGAGAUUCGACAAGACCUUCCGCCUAAACCCAAGAGAAAAAGGAGAAAAGCUGAAAAAUCCAACACUACUUAUUCAACUAGCGAGCCAACUCCAAAGAGCAGGAAAAAAGCGUCUGUAGGGAAUUAUCAGAGAGGAAGUACGGAGACAUCAACAUCCGCGUAUCAGGGUGAAUCAGACAGUACAACCGCCGAUAGUCUAUCUUUGGAUCUGUCAGAAGAUGAAUCAUUUAAACCAAGCAUAUCUGAUGAGUCCCAGAAUGAGCAGUCAGCAGCUGAGGAUGCACAGAUAAUAUCUGAGACUACCUCAGAAGGACCAGGAACGAGUGCUAUGGUGAUUGAACACAUCCCCCUGAAAUCAGAUAGUAAUCUUGGUAAUAACGUACUGCCACAAGUUGAAAACACGAGAUUGGAAUAUUCGGAAAUGGAGAUGACAAAUGUACCAAAAAAUGUGGAUGAUGAAAAAAUUGGAGAUGAGCAAGCGGGUAAUAUGUCCGAAGAAGACAACUGA